AUGCGGAGCGCGCCGCUGGCCGAGGGCGAGCCCUGGCCGCGCCUCUGCCCCGCCGAGCUCGGGGGGCUGCGGCGGCUGCGGCGCAAGCACGGCGGCUGUAAAAGUUUCCGCGUGGAGCUCAAAGUGCUGAGCGGGCGGCGGACCGCGCUCCGCGCUCCCCCCGCGCCGCCCCCCGCCGCCGCCGCCGCCGCCCCGCCGCCCGCCUGGGAGCCGCGCAGCGCCGCGCUCGGCCCCGCCGCCGCCAGCGCCUUCCCCGCCGCCCCGCCGCCGCCGCCCGCCGCUUCCCCGCGCCCGCGGCCGGGCGAGGCGUCCGGCGUCUCGCCGGAGAUCAAAGCGCUGCAGCAGACGCGGCGGCUGCUGGCCAACGCCCGGGAGAGGACCCGCGUCCACACCAUCAGCGCCGCCUUCGAGGCGCUGCGCAAGCAGGUUCCCUGCUAUUCUUAUGGUCAAAAGUUGUCCAAACUGGCCAUCUUGAGAAUAGCCUGUAACUAUAUCCUUUCCCUGGCCAGACUAGCAGACCUGGAUUACAGCGCUGACCACAGUAACAUGAGCUUCUCUGAAUGCGUGGAGCAGUGCACUAGGACCUUACAAGCAGAAGGAAGAUCUAAAAAAAGGAAGUUUCUGGUGACCUUCAGGGUGUUGCUGGAAAGAUUCCAUGCAAUAAACUUCUGGCACAAAGAAACUCUCCAGGUGCAGUUUGUCCUGCUCCUGUUUGAGGAGAACAUCCUCAUCUUCUCCAUCUUCUGCUCUGAAUCACCAGGUGUAAAUCAGCAACCCGAGACCGAGCGGGGCAGGGCCAGGCUGCGGUGUCGGGGGUGCAGAGGGGAGGAUGCAAUCCUGCUGCUGCUGCUGCUGGUGCUGCUCUCGGGCAGCCUUGGCUCCCUCCCGCAGCACGCAGAGAUGAUGGAGCCCGAACCGGAGCAGGAGCUGGUAACACAAGAGGUGACUGCAGGCUUGCAGUUUCACCUGCUGAGAGGGAAAUCACAGCAAAACUCUGAUCGGGAAAUGCUCUUUGGAUAG